GUAUAAAGUUGAAAAUGAAGUCUGCUGUCAAAAAAUGUCUGAUUUCUCUGCUUUUUCUGCAAAAUCAACCAUCAUGAUUCCAAUGUUGUUCAUUCUAUCAGUUAUACGUGAUGUGACUGCUAUAAAGUGUGUCUACAGAAGUCCCUGCUCCUGUCAAAUGGCUGAUGGUAGUGGAAUGAUCAACCUGAACAGUUUGGCAGCAGUAAAGGGUGCCCCUCCCACUUUUCUCAACAUCACUGGUAAUGACGGGAACCUGUACAGUUUUAACCCCUGCAUUGCUUUCACAGUAUAUUCAUCUGACUGCAAGAAUGUCGCUCUAUGCACUUUCGAAAAAAAGCACAAUAAAUACACAGGAUUAGGAACAGAGGAAAGUGCGUCUUUCGUGUAUGAUGAUCAUCGAAAACGGACCCUCCUAAAAUUCAGUAAGCGUAACGCCACUUCCACUAAUAGAACUAAAGGUUCAGAAGACAUCGUCACCCAUGUGAGCCUCCAGUGUCACCAAGAGAGAACAGAGUUAAAAGUGGAAGGACAGGUCAACGAGACGUUUUACUACAUGACUCUGUUGUCUCCAUGUGCCUGCCUUGAUGGCUGCAUAGAGAGGCUGAGUCUGGGAAGCAUUAUACUCAUCACUGGAGCAUUUCUGCUGUUUACUUAUCUAUUAGUUGGUGUUCUUUACAACCGCGCUGUUUACAACAGCGUCGGAAGGGAGCUUCUGCCAAACUAUGAAUUCUGGGCCGAUAUGCCGUCAUUGAUCAAAGAUGGCUACCUGUUCUUCAUCAGUCCGUGUCUGGGUGAUCGUGUGGAGUACCGGCAUUAUGAAAGACUCUGAAAUGAUUGAACUAUGUGUGCACUACAGCUGAAAAUGCUCCGACUCUUGCUGAUAUGAUCUGAGGCUGUGGGUGGUGUGUUGACUAGUUGAAGUAAGAAUUUGCCAACUUCCUCAAUUGGUUUGAACUGAUCAGAUUUGAUGAAACACGAAAACCACACAUUUAGAUUGUUUCUCGAUUGUAUCAGCAGAAGUUGUCAUUUUGCAUAAUAUCAGAUAUCCAUUGAUAAUUGUACCUACUUGGCUUCCAAUGUUGGCCUUCAGUGUUUAUUCAUCAUAGAUCUCACAACUCCAGAUGACAUACCUCUGUUGACCAUCAAUAUUAUCACUACAAUAGCAAGAGGUAUAGAUUCGAGGUAGCGGAUCACUGCAUGGUCCAAGUCGUGCAUCCUCUGGCAAAGUGGGCUUCAGAUUGGACCGUCUCUGAUGAAGGCUUCCUCGGGAGUCAGAUUGUGACAUUGUGAGAAGGAGGAAUUGUUCAGAUAUGGUCUUCACUUGUUUCAGGCUACUGUGAUUAGUUUUGCAUUAGAUUCUUUUGAAUCAUUUGUUGUUUAUUUUUACUUUUGAGCAUUAUGUGUUCUCCUUAUUAUUGUAAGGCCUUGUCAUUGUUGUCUUAGAGAGGUAGGUCCAGUGAUAUAAAAGUUCAGUUCCUAUUGGUGUUUUGAGCCUACAGCAUGUCAAACAUCAAAUAGAGAUCUUGUGGAUAAUCAGUCUCAAGGAGCCUGCCUUCUACUUAAUGUUUAAUACUCGUGUUUUUCCAUUUCGUCCAUCAAAUAUAGAAUAAAUGUGUUG